CAGCGUCGCGCUUUCCUGUUUACGAGCGGGAAGAGCGAACGGAGCUGCACCGUGCAGACCUCAGGGGCUCAGAACCGCAUGAACGUUUGUUUUUAACCGUCUAUUAGAGCUCCAGGCUACAUGUUUUAAUGAACCGUUGCACACUGUGGGGAGUUGUAGAUAGGUUUUAGGUUGAGCACUUAGAAAUAAAAGGUGUAUUUUGGAACGGAGCGGGACAGAUGGAGGAUCCUCCUGCAGAUUCUAGCGGCGGUGCAGCAGCGACAGCAGCCGCCGCGGAGGACCAGGGCCCCGCGGCACAGGUGGCGGACAUGCGCUGGUCGAGCGCGGGUCUUCCGCUCCGGCUUCUGGAGUGGAAAGUAAAGCCGGGGACUCUGGUUAACGUGGACUCGGUUCUCGCGUUAUGUGCUCCCGUAGCCCAGGAUAAGGAGACGGGGGCUGCCGUUAGGCUGGCGGAGAAGAAGGUGAAAUCGGACCGUUCUGGAGUAGUGAAGGAGUUAUGCUGUCAACCCGGACAAAUCAUUCCUCCCGGAGGCGUCAUCGUCAGAAUGGCAGAAUGCAGCCAUCCCAUCGUCAUGAAGGGUUUGUGCGCCGAGUGCGGCCAGGAUCUAACUCAGCUCCAGGGGACGAACGGCAACCAGCAGAGUCCCAUCUCCACAGCAACCGUCUCCAUGGUGCACAGCGUCCCUGAGCUGAUGGUCAGCUCCGAGCAAGCCAAGCAGCUGGCCCAGGAGGACCAGCAGAGGCUGCACCGGAACAAGAAGCUGGUCCUCAUGGUGGAUCUGGACCAGACCCUGAUCCACACCACUGAGCAGCACUGCCAGCGCAUGUCCAAUAGGGGUAUUUUCCACUUCCAGCUCGGUCGGGGAGAACCUAUGCUGCACACGCGGCUGAGGCCGCACUGUAAGGAAUUCCUGGAGAAAAUCGCCAAACUCUACGAGCUGCACGUCUUUACGUUCGGGAGCCGCCUGUAUGCGCACACCAUCGCCGGCUUCUUGGAUCCGGAAAAGAAACUUUUCUCCCACAGGAUCCUUUCUAGAGAUGAAUGCAUAGAUCCGUUCUCCAAGACGGGGAAUCUUAGGAACCUGUUCCCCUGCGGCGACUCCAUGGUCUGCAUCAUCGACGACCGCGAGGACGUGUGGAAGUUUGCGCCAAACCUCAUCACUGUGAAGAAAUACAUCUACUUCCAGGGCACCGGUGACAUCAACGCCCCGCCGGGGUCACGGGAAGCUCAGCUGGCCAGGAAAGGAGCCCCUCAGAGUCGAACAACGGAGAGCGCAGAACACGUGGAGGCGAUCGGUGCUGAGGAGAAAAACAACGGCGUCAAGAAACGGUCCAAGGAGGCCAGUGUUUCAGGGAAGGAAGAGCUUUCCUUACCUUCUCAGGAAGGAGCUGCUAGCGAAAGGACAGGUGGUGGGGGGGCGGCGGCUGAGGCGGAGGAGGCGGAGUCAGAGGCCGGUCAGACUGCUUUAGAGUCUGGGCUGAAAUCAGAGAACACUCAGGGGGAGGAGAAAAAGGAUGCUAAAGAUGCUGAUGGAAACAGGAAAGAGGAGGCAGAGGGAGGCAUGAACUCAUCCUCACCGAGUCACGAGUCCAAUAACCUAGACUUUGAACUCUCUAGUGACAGCAACAGUGACUCGGAAACAGAAAAGCCGUCCUCACCGGGCGACGCGAGUCAGAGCAGGACUGGCACCACAGGGGAUUCUAAACAGGAAGGAGAUUCACAGCAGGACGCAGACGCUAAAGGUUCCAACAGCUCGGAGUCGGCACUUCCAGACCCCGAGCUGGAAAACGGCGAGAGGAGAGAGCCGGAAACCGAGUCCCAGAACAGCGAACAGUCCGGAGUCACGGUGGGAGAGGAGCUACUUGACCAGAGCAUGGAAGAUGAGGACGAAGAGGAAGCCGACAACGACCAUGACGACCACCUCAUCUACCUGGAGGAGGUCCUGGAACGGAUCCACGCGGAGUACUUCGCCCGCUACGAGACCUACCUGAGGAAGGAGACGUCGGAAAUGCCGGACAUCCGCAGGAUUGUCCCGGAGCUGAAGAGCAAGACGCUGGAGGGCUCCAUGGUGGUUUUCAGCGGGCUGUACCCCACCAACUACCCCAUGGAGAGGACCAGGGAGUACUACCACGCUAAAGCCCUGGGGGCCAGAAUCGGCAAGAGUCUGAUUCUCAACUCCAAGGACCCCAACCGGACCACACAUCUGGUGGCAGCGAGGGCAGGAACGGAGAAGGUACGGCAAGCGCAAGGUUGCAAGCACCUCCAUGUGGUCAACCCCGACUGGCUAUGGAGCUGCCUGGAGCGCUGGGAGCGGGUGGACGAGCAGCUGUACCCUUUAAAGGAGGACUUCUCCAGGACGCCACGGAGCAGCAGUCCGGCCGCUUUCCUCGACGAUCAGGGCUCACUGCAAGCGGUUUUCCAGCCUGCUCCCGUCCAUCCCAGGCCUCGAGGGGCGCCUCCAGAGGUCAGAACGUACGACUCUGUGACGGGAAAGCUCAUCCGCAGGGACCCUCAGACAGGACGUCCCUCAACCUACCCGCAGCCGCCAGGCCCCCAGUCAGGCCUCAGGGGAACCGCGCAGAGUCGGCAGAACGAGGCGUCAGGAUCCGGCCGAGACGAUGAGCAGCCGGGACCCUCCCGCAGGAAAAGGCAGCCGAGCAUGUCGGAAAGCAUGCCUCUGUACACGCUCUGCAAGGAGGACCUGGACAGCAUGGACAAGGAGGUGGACGACAUCUUAGGAGAGGAGAGCGACAACGAGAGUGACGGCCGCGGGAAGGAGAAGCCGGGGAAUGAGGAUAUUGCUGAGGAAGAGGAGGAGGAUGAGCAGCGGCCUGGAGCUGGAGAGACGACAGUGCAGGGACCCGGCCCUGAGGCACAAAGUGUGGAGGAGAGACUUCAGAUGCCACCCAGUGACUCCAGUUUGUGCCAGAAUGCCCCCAGGGGCCACAAACGGAAACACGAAGAAGCCAGAACGGACGACGACGACACUGACAAGGAGGAGAACAAGCAGGACUCUGCUGACGAGUCCUCUAAAGACUCCAACGAGGAAGAGGAAGGCAGCAGCUCGGAAGCAGACGAGAUGGCCGCCGCCUUGGAGGCGGAGCUAAACGAUUUCAUGUGACAAGGAAAUGGCAGAUUGAUGAACAUUAAAGCCGACCCAUGGCCUACGUCACAUGUGGUACUCUGACUUUUCUUUGUGUUGGUGUGGUUGAGAUGUGAGCGCGAUGAAAUAUGUGGUAUUAAAACCUGAAUGUCCUGUACAGAACCAGCACCUUUCUGCAUAAAUCAAAAAUUGGACUUUUGUAGUAUUGAUAUAUAUAGAGAUAUAUAAAUAGCCAUUUUUGGCAUAAUUCCUUUGAUGUUGACAUUUUAUUGUGAGGUAAAAAAAACUCUAGGGGACAUGAAAUUUGAUACUUAUUGUGUUGUUUUUCUAUUUGAAUUUUUAUAUUGAUGAAAAGAUUAAUAAAAAACAUAAGUGUAUAUUUUGCUGACGGUUCUUGCCAAAGAGUCUGAAAUGGGUUUGCAAAGUUGUGCAGCUAAACAUUUUAUUCUGGACUUCCACUUUUUAAUGUUUUUUUUUUUUUUUUUUUUGUCUCCUCUGCAGGUUUUUAGGGUCAAAGCGACUAGUUUAUCCAGACAUUUGAAUGUGUUGUCUUUUUUUUUCCUUUGGUUGGUUCCUUUUUUUUGUUGUUUGUACAUUUUGUAAACGUUUGUGUGCUAACAAAAUUUUCAGUUAAUGAUAAAUUAAAGAUGGCAUCCCAGUGCCAGAAUGUGAA